GGGUUUUUUUAAUUAAUGAGAUUGAGAACUAGAUCGGGAGCCUGGUUGAAAAAGGAGUUGGCUUACACAACGAAAUAGGUAUUACAUCGAAUUACAAAUAUAUAUCUAAAACAAAACUCAUUAUUUUUACUUGAAAAUUACAAUGUAAAGCAGUGAAUCAUAAGAGAAACAAAAGUGACAACCGAAGACAUUUCAGGAAUUCUCCGGAGUGUCACUUUGGUCAAUUGUUAAUGGGUGUAACUGGACCAGCGACCCGCCCCUUUUUUUCUCUAUAUAUCCCCCCUUUCUGAUAGCUGCUGAAUCGUGUUGUGAACAAGUCAAGUCAUCAUAGAACACACCCCAGUCUCGUGAGGGCUGGAAGGUCAGGCAAAAUGGUGGAUUUCAUCUGAUUUACAUUCCUCAGAAGGCUGUGGGGAAUGAUCCACCACCUGUUGUUACUUGGACAUGGAUAAUAGAAUUGCCCAGAUGUGCAGAAGAAAAUGGACAGAAUAGUUCCAAAGAAGAAGGCCCAAGGGGUUGACAUCUGUGGGGAUUCAAAAUUAGUUUACAUUGUCCGUUCUGAUCUUGGCUGUUAUAUGAAAUGCCCAGAUUUUAUUCAUGGAAAAGACUUAUCUGUGCACAGUCUGAGUUUGCCCUGCAAAGGUGGGGAUCACUAUUUGGCUGACAAGGAUCACUUCUAUGUCAUUAAAAAGAAUGAAUUCCUGCCUGUCACCAACAUGACCACAGAUACCCUCCGUAAAGCAGUCCCCCUGCAUCCCAAUUGUCAGGGAGGUGAUCACUACCUCUCUCACUCUGGAUACUUCUUCAUCAUUUUCCUAGAUAAAGGCAUUUACCGCCGCACGACCAAUUUAAACUCGGAUGCCGAUGGCCAUGAAUACCCUCUUGAUCCAGGCUGCAAAGCUGGUCUGUAUUUCUGGGCUACAGGCAACUUAAUCCAUUUUUUGAGAGAUGACAGCAAGUGGGGGGUCCAGGUUGAUUUUGUCAAUGAACUUAAUGAAUUCAUUCCUGGCCUUGAAAUAUCAGUCCACCCAGAUGUAAUCAACUUCCUCCCAGGUGGGCUGGCUGUGACUCAGGGUUCAGCCUUUGGGAAGUGGGAAAACAUUAAAUCCAUAGACAAUCCUUCUUCGUCGGUCCUGAACUGGGAGAAGAAGAUUACCAAGAAGGUGGGGUUUACUAGGGAGAAGAUGUCAAGCAUCGAGCACAACUGGAAAAUCUCAAUGACCGCUACCUAUCAGUCGGGAGAUCUGACUGCGGCAUUUGCUAAGUAUCAGUUUUCGCUCGGUGCCGAGUACGGGGGAGUGAAGGUCGACACGGAUAAAGAACAGUGGAGUGAAGCUACUGAUGUUGAAGAAACAAUGAAGAUCGAAAUCAAGCCUGGUCAAAGCAUAUAUAUUUGGCAAUAUAACCUGGGCCUUGGCAAGGAAUCUGUAUUGUUCUGUCGUGACCUCUUAAUUGACGACGUCCCCACACCCCCUACUAAAAUCCCUCUUCCAGCUGCCCCACAGUAAAUAAUGACCUCGACACCUCUGCUGAAGCUUCUUUCGUCCUUCUUCAUAGUGACUGAUGAACUCAAGACAUCUAUUGAACCAUUUUCCAGCAUUCUACACUCCAACAAAUGAAAACCACACAUCUAUCUGAAAUACGAGACACAAUGGUUUUUUUUCUGCUCUUGAAUUUAUUGAAAUGAAGUCACAAUUCAGCUUGAGAAUAACAUUUCAAAACAUUCUGAAGAAAGGAAACAUUUACUGAUUCUGUCUAACAAUUCUGCUGUUAUUUUUCAUGUAAAAUGAAAUGGUAGUAAUGGAUUGAUUCAUAAAUUGUAAUGCAUACCUAAUCAAGACUCUUGAUGUGUUUUUUUUCUUGUAUAUUAUGGUCUUUGAAUUGUAACCUAAUAAAGGGAAAAGGUGAA